UGCCGGGAAACGAAAGUGAAGUGUGGCGGAGAGGAGUUGGGAGGGCUCGGUCAGCCUUCGUCUCUCCGGGCCAGGCACGCUCCUGGCCGGCUUGAAGCCUUGCACUGCCCUCCUGCUUCUGUUGGUCUGAGGCACAGCCCCCUCCCCCCCCUCCCUCAGAAAAUGAAGCGAAGACAAGAACCUGAAUACUGCAGCCCACAGAAGAGGCAGAAGAAAAGGAUAGAGGAGCUGGGUCUGACCCUCAGCUCCACAUCAGAUGAUGAAACUCAACUUAGUAAUCAUGCAGCUCAAGAGUCUUCCACUACAAGCAGCAGUGAAUCUGACAGCGAGAGCAGUGAGAGGCGACCUGGCAUUGGCGCCCUUGACAAUAAGUUUGGAGAAGACUCUCUUGUGGAGGGCACAAGUUCCCGCUUCUCAAUGUAUAGCAGCGUAUCCCAGAGGCUCAUGGCCAAGAUGGGAUUUCGAGAAGGUGUCGGUCUUGGGAAGUACGGCCAAGGGAGCCAAGAGAUCGUUGAGACCUCCCAGCAGAAAGGAAGAAGAGGCUUGGGGCUGACUCUGAAAGGCUUUGAUGGAAACUUGACCAUCAACUGGAAGGAUGAGCCAGAGGCUAGUGCUUAUGAGCAAGUGGACUGGUUCCCAGAAUGCACUACUGAAAUUCCAGAUGCUGAGGAAAUGAAGGACUGGAUGACAGUAGGAAAGAAGAAACUGGCGAUUGAAGACGAAACAGAAUUUUGUGGAGAAGAACUCCUGCACAAUAUGCUGCACUGCAAGAGCGUGUUUGAUGAGCUGGGUGGAGAGGAGAUGCGCCGAGCACGUACAAGAUCCAACCCCUAUGAGAUGAUCCGAGGAGCCUUCUUCCUAAACAGAGCUGCGAUGAAGAUGGCAAACAUAGACUAUGUUUUCGACUACAUGUUUACAAAUCCCAAGGAUUCUCGUGGGAGGCCUCUGAUCAAGGAACAUGGUGCAGAACUCUUAUACUUUGCUGAUGUAUGUGCUGGUCCUGGUGGCUUCUCAGAGUACGUCCUCUGGAGGAAGAAGUGGCAUGCAAAGGGCUUUGGGAUGACCUUAAAAGGACCAAAUGACUUCAAAGUGGAGGAUUUCUAUGCUGCCUCCAGUGAGCUGUUUGAACCUUAUUAUGGUGAAGGAGGAGUUGAGGGAGAUGGGGACAUCACCCGUCCUGAAAACAUCACAGCCUUCCAGAAUUUUGUGCUGGACAACACAGAUCGCAAGGGAGUGCACUUCUUGAUGGCUGAUGGGGGAUUCUCUGUCGAGGGGCAGGAAAACAUCCAAGAGAUUCUAAGCAAACAGCUGACGCUUUGCCAGUUCCUCACAGGACUCUCUGUUAUACGGACAGGAGGGCAUUUUGUCUGCAAAACCUUUGACCUCUUCACACCAUUCAGUGUUGGCCUAGUAUACUUGCUGUACUGCUGCUUUGAGCGUGUAUCAAUCUUCAAACCUGUGACGAGCCGUCCUGCCAAUUCGGAGAGGUAUGUGGUAUGCAGAGGAUUGAAGUCUGGCAUUGAUGAGGUGAAGGACUAUCUUUUUUCAGUGAACCGGAAACUCAACCAGCUGCGCAACUCAGACCAGGAUGUCAAUCUUGUUGUCCCCCUGGAAGUAAUCAAGGGUGACCAUGAGUUCCAUGAUUACAUGGUCCAGUCAAAUGAGAGUUACUGUAAUUCUCAGAUCAAAGCACUAGCCAAAAUCCGUGACUUUGUUCAAGACACGACCUUGAGUGAACCACGACAAGCUGACAUCCGAAAAGAAUGCCUCCGGCUCUGGGGGAUUCCAGACCAGGCCCGCGUUGCUCCAUCUUCUUCUGAUCUCAAGUCCAAGUUCUUUGAAUUGACUCAGGGUGAUGACAUAGAAGUUUUCAGUUACAAACCAACCCUUCUCAACUCAAAAACCUUGGAUAAGCUCCGGUCAGUGCUGGAUUACAGAUGUAUGGUCUCAGGAAGUGAACAGAAAUUCCUUCUAGGCCUAGGGAAGUCUCAGAUAUAUACUUGGGAUGGUCGCCCAUCAAAUCGCUGGACAAAAUUGGACUUGAAAACUGAAUUGCCAAGGGACACCCUUCUGUCUGUGGAGAUUGUUCAUGAGCUAAAAGGAGAGGGGAAAGCACAGCGGAGAAUUAGUGCCGUCCACAUUCUGGAUGCCCUAGUGCUGAAUGGCACUGAUGUCCGACAACAACAUUUCAAUCAGCGAAUUCAGUUAGCAGAGAAGUUUGUAAAAGCGGUCUCUAAACCUAGCCGGCCAGAUAUGAACCCCAUCAGAGUGAAAGAAGUGUACAGGUUAGAGGACAUGGAAAAGAUUUUCCUAAGGUUAGAGAUGAAAAUCAUCAAGGGCUCAAGUGGAAUGCCACGGCUGUCAUACACUGGCCGAGAUGACAGGCACUUUGUACCCACAGGACUGUACAUUGUCCGGACCGUCAGUGAUCCCUGGACCAUGGCAAUCAGCAAACACUCUAACAGGAAAUUUUUCUACAACAAAUCAACACUAGUGUCAACGUAUGAACUUCCUCCUGAAUCUGUCUCACCAUUUCACAUUUGCUACUUCAACCGCCUUUUCUGGAUAUGGGGGGAUGGCGUCAAAGUACAUGACUCUCAGAAAAGGGAAGAUGCAGAGAAGCUGUCCAAAGAGGCUGUCCUGUCCUUCAUCAAACUCCAUUCUGCCUCUGACCAGUCCCUCAUCAAGUCCUAGGAGGCAGGGACUGAGCCUGGCGUGGAAUCUUCAUCCAAGGAUUAGAAUGGUUUUCUUCCAACCAGAUGCAGUGAGCCACUGGAAGAAACUGCUGUCAAGCAGGGCCAGGCCAACUGGGUGGUAGGGUGCUCAGUGCAAAAUAAACGGGACAAGGUUUCAGACUGCGAUACAGCACUGUACAUAAGUAUUUGUUCCUGGCAGCAUCUGCUUCAAGGGAGCACAAGAGAUGUGACUCCUGGAGCAGAGGACAUUCUUCUGGAUUGAUCCCCACCGUCCUUGCUUAGGCUUUUUCAACUCAUGCUUUGAACAUAGCCUGGCUUGUGGCCCCCAUGUAACAGGUAACACAGCAAACAAGAGGACAUGCACUGCUCUUCAGUAGCACCUGUAAUUGUGGAGGACUGUGUCACUGCAGCCAGUGUUGUUCAAAGGGAUGUGGCCAGAAGACAGAGUAUAUUUCGAACAGCUUCACUUUGGCUCAUGAUGCCUUUCUGUGUGAGGAGCCUCUAGUGCAAGUGAUACAUUGGGAAGUUGUCCCUUGCACUGUCUCCUUGGCUUAUGGCCCCGGCCUGGGGAGUUUUGGGUGCUGGUGUCUAAGUGAGCAGAAGUCAGGCAAACAUCGAUAGUAACAGCUUAGGUAGCAGUGACUCUGCCUCAAGUGGAAUGUCAUGGUUCUAUGCAAAUAUACAAGGCUGCUGCCCUCAAGUGUGGCCUCUUUUGCCAUCCUUUGGCUCUUGGUAGUUCUAGAAAGAUGAUGUCUUGCCUUUUCUGUGUGCUUGAGGCAUGUCCUAUGGCUUUCCCUAAUACAGAAAGAUGGGGAGAUCUGAGGCUGAGAGGACUGGUGGCCAUAGAGAGAUUUGAGAAGCAUGUGGAUUGGCUGAAAGAUUGAAAAGACCUUGAUGUGAGCCUUCCAGUGUAACGCAACUGCCCUCUUGUAGAGAACUUUUUCUUCGUAAUUCAAAUUCUUAAAAUAGGCAUUAAAACAUAUAUCUGUGGAUCAAAAGCCUUGUCUGGAGUGAAGGCACAGAAUAGGAGAUCUUUCAUGUUUUCUCUGAUAACAGUGAAAAAUAGCCCGUCUUUUGUGAACUGUCUUUUGUUCAGUAUGGGCCAUCAGGUGCUGGGAACAAAAGGCCAUUUGAAGGUACACGGCUGUGCUUGGGAUUAUAUGUAGGAUCUAUGGAAGGUAUCUGCUUUCAGUUCUCUAAUGGGAGCCAGUUGUUAAUAAUGCAAGCAAAAGGGUUCUGGCUUAGGCAGUGAAGUCAAUUAAGCAUUUGCAAGUUGGCAAUAAAGGACAGUAUUGAUUGGGUAGGUCGGGUAUUGGUUGUAAAGGUUGUGCCUUAAAGAAGUCUCUCAGGCCUCCUAAAGUGGAAGGCACCAAACAAGCCUCAGCCCCUCUCACACCAAAGCAGGAAUUAUGCAAAGGGACAUGGUUUGUCUGUGAAGGAAGUAUUGGAUUCUGGGUAAGGUAUGGCUUUACUCAGACUGGGCAGCACAUACCCCUUGUUCAUAUGUAAACUAAACUCUUAGAAGCCUCCUUAAGUUGUACAUAAGUCUUGUGCCCAGGUGUGGCUUGUGUGGACUAAAUCACAGGUACAGCGAAUAGGUCCAGUCUUUUGAGCCUGGUGUUUUCCCUGUGACUGUAAGAUCCAACAUAUGAAUGUCACUUUAGUUAUAGAAGUUGACUAGUUUGACCAGUGUUGCAAAACAGAUUAAAGGUCUUAGGUUUUUACUGGAAACUGGUACUAAAGGUAGUUUGGAAUUGAAAGAUGCUGUGUACAAAGGUGGUUUAGGUGUGGGAAGGAGGGCCACUUUGUAAUGCAGCAGUAUCAUUGAGGUCCAGUAUGUAUUCACAAAACCAUUACGUGCAGUCUGUUUGUGGCACGGUAGGAAAUGUGCAGGCUUCAAGUUGAAUUUCCUUCCCUGUCAAAAAAGGCUCUCUGUUCCAAAGACUGAGCAGAAUAAUCGGAGUGAUAUAGCUUGAUCGCACUAAUUUAUUUCAAAUGGGGCAAAGGUGGAUAAAUAACAGCUGAUACCUGCAAUCUGAACUUCAUGGUGUUCAUUUUUUUAAAAGUAUUUUGUUUUAAAGAAGUUGAGUGUGAUUUGAGCUGGCUGUCCCUGUGAGCUCAUCAGAAGGCAACUUGUAAGACUAAUGAGCAUUCUGCUUUUGGUCACUUUUUUGUGAAUGACAGUGGAUACCCUUUUUGAGGCUGAUUCUUAGAAGGAAAGAUACUAUACGAGAACUAUAUUUCUUCUUAUAUCAGUCCAUUAUUUGGGAGGGCAUUAGGGGACAAAGUAGAUUCUGAAAUGCCUGUUCUACCAUUUACCUACAUUGUAACUAUUGUUCUCUUGUGACAGGAAUGGUAAUCACUAUUGGUAAAAGCUCUGACGUCAUCUUGGGGUCAAGACCCUGCCAUUUGAAAGUAUACGAGGAUCUUUGGCUUUGUAGAGGCAUUUUUAAGAACCUAGCAACUGAAAGGCCAUGUGCCUGAAGAAGACAAAGACUCUAAUGAAAAUUAGAACAGCUUAAUCCAAGUGCAGGCAUCACCUUAUCAUUAAAGGGUAUUAUAAAGAUCAGACUGACCCUGUGGAUAAUUCAACUGUCCUCUCCUUCAUAGCCUGGGCAGGGGGGAGACAAUAUCUCUUGUUACAAAAAAUGUUUAUACAAUCUGUUCUAUGAAACUGUGUAUCAAUUUCUGUUUGUCCUUCUUCCCUUUAUUUGUCUCUGUAUUGCCAAUACAGUCCUGGUAAUUCAGAAGUGGGCUUUGUUCUUGGCUUAAAUGAAUUUCCAAGCACUGUGCUCUGAUAUGAAAAAGAAAAAUUGUGCUACGGACUGAACAUUGUACAGAGAAAUGGGGAAACUGAAAUCUGCUUGAAAUCAUCUACUAGAUCAGUGAGAUUAAUGUAGUGCUUUGUUAACUGUUUCAUGUGGGCAUCUUCUUGGGUUGCUGUAUUCAAUAGAAAAGCAAUUAGCCAUCUGGUGAAAAUGCAUGGACCAAAGUAAAUGCAAAAGAUUAACACAAAAUGUAUCUGCCAUGACAUCUAUUCA